GCUUGCUAAAAAAAUAGUGACUAAUUUUGGAUUUAUUGUUCAAGUUAAAAGUUUACCAUUUUUGCUAGCCAAUAUUGUUUAAAAUGUUGAAUCGUACUAUCAUUUGACACAGCCGUGCGACACUUGUAUUAAGUAUAUUAAUGAUUAAUAUGAAGUGGUAAUACUCAUCAUGACUGAAAGUAUUUCAACACUUACUGCUCCCAUUUCCUUGUCAACAUAUCAUCAAUUGAGUUUAACAGUGGAAUCAGCAAGUAUAAGAAAUUCUGGAUUAUUUAAACCCAAUCCUUAUUUACAAGUUACUAUUGAUGAUAAAAUAUCUAGGAAAACUGAAGUUAUAAAAAGUACAUUGCACCCAAAAUGGAAAGAAGAAUUUACAAUUUUAGUAACCCCAUUAUCACAGUUGUUAUUUCGAUUGGCAGAUCAUCAUAGUUUUAGAAAAGAUAAUAUUAUUGGAGAGCAAAGGGUUAAUUUACUAAAAAUCUUACAAUAUUUUAAUGGAAAAUGUGAAAAUGUGGAGUUAACACUAGAUAUGAUGAAAACUGCAACACAGGAAAACACAUCUAGUUCAGCUGAAUCUAAAACUGCUGAAGUAGUCCUGCUAUUGGACGGGUUAAGAAUUGAUCCUGCCACAUUACAUCAAACACAUGAAGCUCUUGGAGAAACAAUAACUUCUCGUAAUCCCCUCAAUGAUGGUGUUCGGGCACGUGUCAGACGUAACAAUCCAGAGACAUUACGGUCUAUGUUGCGCACACCUAAUUUGAGACCACCACCAGGGCCUCCGCCGUUAAGUAAUGGUGGAGUACACAUUCCCAGUAGCAAUGUGGCUACAGAGGUGACGGCUCCGGGCCCAUCGCAUCAAGAUACGCCAGGGCCCGAACCUACACAACCGCCACCCACCGCCUCUACCAGCACACCUGAAGAACCACUGCCCCCAGGCUGGGAAAUGCGGUAUGACGUCUAUGGAAGAAGGUACUACGUAGACCACAACACCAGGUCGACUUCUUGGGAGCGGCCGCAGCCGCUGCCGCCAGGCUGGGAGGUACGGCGGGACGCACGCGGGCGCGUUUACUAUGUGGACCAUAACACUCGUACCACCACGUGGCAAAGGCCGGACACUGAGCGGUUGGCACGCUUCCAGCAUUGGCGUGGGGAACGCCGACACGUGGUAGCGCAAGGCAAUCAACGCUUCCUUUACCCACAGACGCAGCCGCCACCACAUCAAGCCGACGUUGAUGGCGAUGCCACGCCCGUUGCGAGCGGCGUUGGCGCGGCGGGUCCGUCUGUUGGGAACGGAACGGGGGCAGGGGCAGGGGCGGGAGCGGUAGCGGGAGCGGGUGCUGGGCCAGGAGCGGUGGCGGGUGGCGGUAGCGUGGCGGCGGCUGACGACGGCUUCGGCGCGCUACCCGCCGGCUGGGAGCGGCGUGUGCAACCCGACGGACGCGUCUACUACGUCAACCAUAAGAAUCGGACCACGCAGUGGGAGGAUCCGCGCACACAGGGUCAAGAGGUCAGCGCACCAGAAGAGGCUCUCCCACCCGGUUGGGAAAUUAGAUUUACAGAAGAAGGCACGCGAUACUUCGUGGACCACAACACACGUACUACAACAUUCCAAGACCCCCGGCCUGGAGCCCCCAAAGGACCCCAGGGCGCUUACGGAGUCCCCAGAGCGUAUGAGCGCUCCUUCCGAUGGAAACUUAGUCAAUUCCGAUAUUUAUGUCAGAGCAAUGCCUUACCCAGUCACAUUAAAAUUACGCUAUCUAGACAGACGCUGUUUGAAGAUUCUUACCAUCAGAUAAUGAGAUUACCGGCCUAUGAAUUACGCAGGCGAUUGUAUAUAAUAUUUAGAGGUGAAGAAGGCUUAGAUUACGGUGGCGUCAGCAGAGAAUGGUUCUUCCUACUCUCGCAUGAAGUCUUGAACCCUAUGUACUGUUUAUUUGAAUACGCAAACAAAAACAACUAUAGUUUACAGAUAAAUCCAGCCAGUUAUGUCAAUCCGGAUCAUUUACUAUAUUUCAAAUUCAUUGGGAGAUUUAUUGCAAUGGCUCUAUAUCACGGUAGAUUCAUAUACUCUGGGUUCACGAUGCCUUUUUACAAGCGAAUGUUGAAUAAGAAGCUCACCAUGAAAGAUAUCGAGUCUAUCGAUCCAGAAUUCUACAAUUCUCUAGUGUGGAUCAAAGACAACAAUAUAGACGAAUGUGGCCUUGAGAUGUGGUUUAGUGUUGACUUUGAAGUGUUGGGUCAAGUCAUUCACCACGAGUUGAAACCAGCCGGAGACAAAGAGCGUGUUACCGAAGCAAACAAAGAACAGUAUCUCCAGCUAGUUACACAGUGGCGCAUGACACGAGGCAUCGAAGAACAAACGUCUGCGUUCCUCGAGGGAUUUAAUGAGGUCGUGCCCUUGGAAUGGUUAAAAUAUUUUGACGAGCGUGAGUUGGAAUUGAUGUUAUGCGGCAUGCAGGAGGUGGACGUGGAGGAUUGGCAACGGAAUACCAUAUACCGUCACUACACGCGCUCCAGCAAACAGGUCGCCUGGUUCUGGCAGUUUGUAAGACAAAUGGACAACGAAAAGCGGGCACGAUUACUGCAGUUUGUAACGGGCACAUGCAGAGUUCCUGUUGGAGGCUUCGCAGAACUAAUGGGAUCCAAUGGACCUCAAAGAUUCUGUAUAGAAAAGGUCGGUAAAGACACAUGGCUGCCUCGUUCUCACACCUGUUUCAAUAGACUUGAUUUACCACCAUAUAAAAGUUAUGAACAGCUGUGUGAAAAACUUAAUUAUGCAAUUGAAGAAACUGAGGGUUUUGGACAAGAGUGAAAAUAAUAUAGACAUCUACUAAUAGUAUUAGUGAAAUAUGUAAAUAAUUAGCACAUUAUACUGCACCUUAUUAGGAGGAAGUUAUUUCACCAAUGGAAUUGGUGCUGCUGUCAUAAAAAGACCAACCAAAUACUGUAUGAAUAUUUUCUUUAAUAAUUAUUAAUAUGUAGAUAUAUUUAGUAUACUGUCAGUUUAUAAGAAAUAUUUUGUUUGAACAAUAUUUAACUAAAGUUCGUCUAUAAAGAUCAAUAAAGAAUUU